AAAAAAAAAGAAAGAUAUAAAAAAGCCUUCCGUUCCUAAUUUAUUAUUUCGCAAUUAUGACAAAACAAUCUUCUUCUUUUUUGCACAUUUUGGGUGCAGGUUAUGGACGUACAGGAACAAUGAGUCUUCGAGAUGCCCUUAAUAUCUUGGGGUACAAAACCCAUCAUAUGAAAGACACUAUUCUUGACCCAACUCAAGAUCCCCAAAUUUUUGAAGAUGCAUAUAAAAAUCCUAAUGACAUUGUCGACUGGGAAAAAGCUUUCCGGGGAUAUACUGCUGCGGUAGAUUGGCCUGCUGUAGCUUUUUUUGACAAAAUUUACGCUCUUAACGCUGAUGCUAAGGUUAUUCUUACUAUACGGGAUCCCGAAUCUUGGUUUAAAUCUGUCUCGAGUACUAUACAUGAGUGGCCCAAUGUAGACGAAAGUUGGCCUCAAAAUAUUGUGAAGGCUAGAAAAAUGGCACGUGUCAUUGUUCGGGAUGGUGAAUUGGGUGGAGCUGAUACCGAAAAGAGAAAGGCAGCAUUAAUACAAAAAUUCACGGAUCACAUUGAGCAUAUCAAGUCUAUUGUCAAACCUGAAAAUCUAUUGAUUCUUGAUUUGGGAAAGCAUGGUUGGGAAGAGCUUUGUCAGUUCUUGGGAAAGGAUGUUCCAAUCAACACUCCUUAUCCACACAGUAACAAGCGGGAAGAUUUUCCUAGCCUAUUACUUAAAAUUAAAGAACUUUCGGUCGGCCUUGCUUAAAUAAAAACCCAGAUUUUACACAGUAAUUAUAUUUUUAGAACAUGUAUCCUUAUACAUACUUGAUACCAUGCCUUAGGCUAAGGGA